AUGGUUCUUGGUCAUGAAUCAAGUGGGCAGGUUGUGGAAAUUGGUCAUGCUGUCACAAGAGUCAAAGUUGGUGAUCGCGUUGCCAUUGAGCCUGGUGUUCCUAACCGUUACUCUGAUGAGACCAAGGAAGGAAGAUAUAACCUUUGUCCUCAUAUGGCUUUUGCUGCUACACCUCCAAUUGACGGUACUCUAGUGAAAUACUAUUUGUCUCCAGAAGAUUUUCUCGUAAAGCUUCCUGACGGUGUAAGUUACGAAGAGGGAGCUUGUGUUGAGCCUUUAUCGGUUGGCGUGCAUGCCAAUAAGCUGGCUGGAGUCCACUUUGGAAAUAGAGUGGUUGUUUUAGGAGCAGGCCUUGUUGGGUUAUUAACUGGCGCAGUCGCACGUGCGUUUGGUGCCAGUGACGUCGUCUUUGUUGAUGUGUUUGACAACAGGCUAGACAGGGCAAAAGAUUUUGGCACCACUCAUACUUUCAAUGCAUCCAAACUCUCUGCUCAGGAAUUGGCAGACGAAGUCAAAGAACUUUUGGGGGGACAAAAUGCAGAUAUUGUCUUUGAGUGUUCCGGAGCAGAUGCUUGCAUUGACGCUGGUGUCAAAGUCACCAAAGCUGGAGGUAUUAUGGUUCAAAUCGGCAUGGGAAAAAACUACACGAGCUUUCCAAUUGCCGAAGUUAGUGGUAAAGAGAUGAAGUUGAUUGGAUGCUUCCGUUAUUCGUUUGGUGAUUACCGCGACGCAGUAAAGUUAGUUGCUUCAGGCAAGGUUAAUGUAAAAGCAAUGAUAACUCACAGAUUCAAGUUUGAAGAUGCAGGCAAGGCUUAUGAUUUCAACAUUGCUCACGUUGGUGAGGUGGUUAAGACUAUAAUUACGGGUCCUGCCUGA